AUUAUCUUUAGAUGUCUUCCUCUUUGCAUAUUCAUAUUGGAGGGGCUGGAGUAAAGAUUGGUGAUAUGUUAUGGAAAUUGUAUGAAAAAGAAUACAACGAAACAACUCAGAAGACUUAUAUUUAUGAAGAAGUUGAUGGGAAUCAUUAUCCAUAAGCACUUUUCUUCGAUACAGAUGAUAGAAUAAUACAUGAAGUCUAAAAGAAUACAUCAAUAAAAUUUAAGAAUAAAUCAUUUUUACAUGCAAAAGAGGAUGCAUCGACUCAUUGUCGAGGGUGGUAUAUUGUUGGAGAUACGAUUUUGUUAGAAGCAUUAGAUUAUAUUAGAAAAAAAAUAGAAACGAUGGAUCGAUUAGAAGAAAUUGUAAUAACAAAUUCAAUAAGUGGAGGAACUGGGUCAGGAUUUUUAUGUAGAUUAGUAUAUGAAAUAACAGAAUAUGUGAAAAGGAAAGUAAAAAUACAUGGAUUUAUGAUUUUCCCAUCUUCAGAAAUGUGUAAUAGUACUGUAGAAAUUUAUAAUACUAUUGACGCAAGUCAAGCCCUGAUAGAGUACUUUCACAGCAUUACAAUAUUUGACAAUUAGUCAAUGUACAAUGUUAUUGAUCAUCAAUUAGGUUUGGACUUUGUUGAUUAUCAACAUUUAAAUAAUGUGGUUUCUCAAAUAAUUAGUUCAUAUACUGGAUUAAGAAGGUUUAACAACAGUGAUAAUUCCAAAUUUUUAUCAAAUUUGUGCCCUUAUCCUUAUAUGCAUUUUUUAAUUCCAUAAUAUGGCUAAAUGACUUUAAUCAAUGAUUACACUAGAAAAGAAUUAAAACAAGAAUAAUUUAUCAAAUUUCUCUCAAAAGUAGAGUAAAAAUUAUAUCAAUGUCCUAAAAGUCCUAAUUAUAUUGCUACUGCGUUAUUAUUUAGAUAAAAAUAAUUGAACUCUUUUUAUGGUAAAUUUGAUUUAAUACUAAAAAAUUUUGAUCAUUACUUUGGCUAAAGUCCAAAUAUAUUUUAAUGUCAAUCAUCCAAUUACUAAGUAUUACCUGAACUAGCAUAAAUGAAACAAACUGGAACCUUCUUUUCUAAUGAUGCUUCAAUUGUUAGUAGGUUUAAAUUAUUAACUCGUAAGUUUGAUAUAUUGUACAGGAAAAGAGCAUUUGUACAUUGGUAUGUUGGCUAAGGUCAAGAAGCAAAUAUGUUGAUGGAAUAAAGAGAAUCUUUUGGUGAUUUAAUAGCUGAUUAUGAGGAUUUCAAAGUUGCGGAAAAUUUACCAAUUGAGAGCUAAAAUGAUGAUGAAUUUUGA